AAUCAGAGCUGAUCACGGGUGAAGCGUCCACCAACGAGAGCCCGCGGGAGGAGCGGCUCUUCAUCCGCGCGUGGAAGCGCCUCAAAGUCUGGCUGACCAUCAUGAGCUCCAUCAGUGCGCCUCUGUGCUCCCGGAUGGACUGCAGCAGCGUCUGAAACUUUCCGGCUGCGGGAAACCACACUGAGGCAGCUGGAUUCGAGCGAUCGGGUUGGAAAGCAGAAGCGGUCAUAAUGACGGAGGAGCAGGAUAAGUCCGGCGCGGAGCCGCCGUGCAGUCCAGCCGGCUCGUCCAGCUCCAUGUCCCCGGAGGAGUCUGACUCGGACGCGCCGGCAUCCCCCGCCGGACCCGGCAGCCACGCGGCGCUCAUGAUCACGAAGCUGGAGCGCCAGGACGAGCGCUUCCCGGCGUGCAUCAGGGACGCGGUGUCCCAGGUGCUGAAGGGCUACGACUGGUCCCUGGUGCCCAUGCCGGCGCGGGGCAGCGGCGCGAUCAAGAGCAAGCCGCACGUCAAGAGACCCAUGAACGCCUUCAUGGUUUGGGCUCAAGCCGCGCGCAGGAAACUGGCGGAUCAGUAUCCACACCUGCACAACGCCGAGCUCAGCAAAACCCUCGGAAAACUCUGGCGGCUGUUGACGGAGAAUGAAAAGAGACCGUUUGUGGAGGAAGCCGAAAGACUGAGAGUUCAGCACAAGAAAGAUCACCCGGAUUACAAAUACCAGCCGAGGCGACGAAAGAGUGUGAAGCCCGGUCAGAGCGAGUCUGACGCCGCCGCGGAUCUGACCCAACACAUGUAUAAAGCUGAGCCUGGGAUGGGCCGAUUGGCAGGUCCAUCGGAUCUCAUCACUGAUCAUACAGGCCAGCCUCAUGGACCCCCGACACCCCCUACAACGCCCAAAACAGACCUCCAUCACGGAGGAAAGCCAGACCCCAAGCAUGAAGGCAGACGUCUGCUUGAUGGCACGCGACAGAACAUCGACUUCAGCAACGUUGACAUCUCAGAGAUCAGCACGGACGUCAUCAGCAACAUGGAGGCCUUCGACGUGCACGAGUUCGACCAGUACCUGCCUCCGAGCGGCCACGCCGGAGCCGCUCCAGACGGGCAGAGCGCCAGCUCCUACGCCUCGCCCUACAGCAGCGGGGCCUCCUGGAGCUGCAAGGGGCCCGUGGCGUCCUCGCCGCCCAGCACGAGCGAAGCCAGCCAGCACAGAGCUCACAUUAAAACUGAGCAGCUGAGCCCGAGCCACUACCGCGAGCACUCGCCCGAGUAUGGCGUUUACAGCGCUCAUGGGUCCUCGGCCGCCUCCGCCUCCUUCGCCAGCUCUCAGUGUGAUUAUACAGACCUUCAGAGCUCCGGCUACUACAGCCCGUACACCGGCUACCCAUCCGGUCUCUACCAGUACCCAUACUUCCAUUCCUCUCGGAGGUCUUACGGGACCAACAUCCUCAAUGGCCUGUCCAUCCCGCCCUCCCACAGUCCCUCCGCCAGCUGGGAUCAGCCGGUUUACACCACGUUAUCCAGGCCGUGAGGCCCGGCCGCUCUGUGCUGCGUCCCAUACUAUAAUGAAGGCCGGUCGCCGUGAUUUCACCAAGUAAGACAUGUUCCUGGAUGGGGUUGGGAAUCGAAAAAUCAAUUCCGAUUCCAGAAUCGGAUACUUGGCGUAAAAUUAAGAUUUCAGUUCCACUUAUGUGUGCAUUUUGCUAUUUGUCUUUGAAUCAUUCAUUCAAGAGAUUCGUUCAAAAACACUGAUUCAUCCGGUAAUGAAACAAGUGAACCUUGAGUGAGUCAUUAAAUCGUUCCAUUCAUAAAUUCAAUGAGAUUUUGUUUAGUUUUUUCUUCAGAAUUGUGAGAGAACUACAACCUCCACUUGAAUUGUUUUUUUUUUUUAAAAGUCGCAAUGUAUCCAGAAUCAUGCAGCUCUAUUUUGAACACAAACAGCUCUUAAUCGAGUCCAGUUUUUAUGUAGCUGGCUGAUUUUUGUUCAUGGUAUUCAGCAGCAAUUCGAUUUUUUGCAAAAAUAAUAUGUUGGACUUCACAUUGGAAUCAAAACUGGGAAUCGGUAAGCGGAAUCGGAAUUGGAAUUAAUCAAAUACAAACCAUACCCAACCCUAUUCCUGGAUCAACAUCUUUUGAUCAUCCUGGAUCAACAUUAUUGUCCUAACCUCUAAACCUAACCCUACCCAUAAUUUAUCCCAAAAAUCAUUAGGAAAUGAUAAAUGAAGGGUGUAGAAGCACCUAACUCUGGUUGCAAGGCAAAAACUGACAUUUCCUGUAAACUUAUCCCUCAAUUCUGAUUGGUUGCUGGGAAUGUUGUUCCAGGAUCAACAAGGAUGUUGAUCCAGGAACAUUUUGCACUCGCUGAAAUCACGUUCACCAAUGAAGGACAGCGCUAGCUGAAUGGGUUUGUGCCAGCUAACUGAGCAAUGAGUGCCUGCUGAUUUUUCGACACAUCAGAACAUUGACGGUUGGUGCUAAACGUGAUGAAUUUGAAGAGCCAGCAGAAAUCCUCUGUGAGGACUGCCAACCGCUCCAGGAUCGGGACCAAUGAAUAUUCAGGAAGCGUUAGCUUCAGUCAAAAUCUCUCUGGUUAAUCCUUUUUUUUUUUUUUUUUUUUUAACCUAAAACGUGUUCAUUUUUAAUUCUCUGUUUCAUAUAUAUUUAUGUUGUGUUGUCAUUUUGUAUCGUUUGUUUCUGUUUUACAGUACUUACAAAAGCUGAAAGGGUGGAGGGCUGAAAUGGUUUUGAUAAACAGCCGUAUCUUUUUGGACAUUUUUGAAAGCAUUCCUGUGGGGGGGAUAUCCAUGUUUUGUGUUACCAACUAACUCUGAUUGAGAAAUAAUAGAAGACAUUAAUUGUUAGCAGUUGUUUUUUAUUGUUAUUUUACGUUUGCAUCAUUUUAGUGAGCACUUUAACACGUCAAAGGCUCUUAAUUUGCAGCAAGCUCAUUAAUAAUUGCAUUUUUAACACCGCCGGUCAUUGAUAUCACGUUUGUUGUCUUGAAUUAAAUCGGUUUCUUUAAUUAUAUAGCAAUCCGUUGAACAUUUUAAUUACCUUUUAGGCUGUGAAACACAAACACACAAAACAGUGUUUACUCUACAUUGUUUUAUUCUUGUGUAUAAUUUAAAAACGACUUGGCUGUGAAUCUUCACUUUUUUUUUUUUUGUUAACUGGUUCAUUCUUACAAAAUGCUAACAGUAAUUGCUGGCAAUAUUUGUGGAGAAAAAUAAAUUUAUUUGAAAAAUGAUUGUCUAAACUUUUGCUAAGCUGAUGGCUACUAGUGUGCUUGUAUAGUCAUUUUCUAAAAAGCAAUUGUGUUUAAUUCCUUUUGGUGCCUGUUUGUGCGAAGCCAUUAGUUGAUGAAAAACCACGUUUUACUGAAAUGUUUGAAUAAAUGAAUGAGGUUUUCUGGAAAUACAGAGCAAAUUUGUAUACCACCACCAAAAGCUAUGAAAUCAUUGUUAUAGUUUGGGAAAUAAUAAGUCUCUGUUUGAAGCAGCUGCUGCAGUGACAUUCGAAGCAGCAGUUAAGUCUUACAUCUGCAACUGAAGCAGCUGUCAGCGUCAAGACAGGCUGCCGUGAUUUUAUUCAACAAAUGCUUCUGUCAUUUUCCUACCAUGUCUAAUUGUAAUAACAUUUUAGUUACCGUUUUGUGAGACAUAAACAAUGUUUACCGCAAGUACAAGCGGUUUGGAAAAUGGCUGGAUGAUAAACAACACUACAGGCAUUUUAA